CCCGGGCGUGGCGCGGACAUGGCGGCCAACAUGUACCGGGUCGGAGACUACGUGUACUUCGAGAACUCGUCCAGCAACCCCUACCUCAUCCGCAGGAUCGAGGAGCUCAACAAGACUGCAACGGGCAACGUGGAGGCCAAAGUAGUAUGCUUUUAUAGACGGCGAGAUAUUUCCAACACGCUUAUAAUGCUUGCAGACAAGCAUGCUAAGGAGAUGGAGGAGGAGUCAGAGACGGUGGUCGAGGCCGACCUGACAGAGAAACAGAAGCACCAGCUCAGACACCGGGAGCUCUUCCUGUCCCGCCAGUACGAGUCUCUGCCCGCCACGCACAUCAGGGGCAAGUGCAGCGUGGCCCUCCUGAACGAGACCGAGUCGGUGCUCACCUACCUGGACAAAGAGGAUGCCUUUUUCUAUUCGCUGGUGUAUGACCCAUCCGUGAAGACGCUGCUAGCCGACAAAGGGGAGGUGCGUGUGGGACCCCGAUACCAGGCCGACAUCCCCGAGAUGCUCACGGAAGGACAGUGUGAUGAGAGGGAACAGUCGGAGCUGGAGGUGAAGGUCUGGGACCCCAACAGCCCGCUCAGUGACCGACAGAUUGACCAGUUCCUCGUGGUAGCACGAGCUGUGGGCACCUUUGCCCGGGCCCUAGACUGCAGCAGCUCCGUGCGCCAACCCAGCCUGCACAUGAGUGCAGCUGCCGCAUCCCGGGACAUCACACUGUUCCACGCCAUGGACACACUGUACCGCCAUGGUUCGGACCUCAGCAGUGCAAUCAGCGUCCUGGUACCCCUGGGGGGCCCCGUGCUGUGCCGGGACGAGAUGGAGGAGUGGUCGGCCUCGGAAGCCAGCCUGUUCGAGGAGGCGCUGGAGAAGUACGGCAAGGACUUCAACGACAUCCGCCAGGACUUUCUGCCCUGGAAGUCGCUGACGAGCAUCAUCGAGUACUACUACAUGUGGAAGACCACGGACAGAUACGUGCAGCAGAAGCGCUUGAAAGCCGCCGAGGCCGAGAGCAGACUGAAGCAGGUUUAUAUCCCGACCUACAGCAAACCGAAUCCCAACCAGAUCCACAGCACCAACAGCAAAGCCAGCACCCUCAAUGGAGCCGCGGGCACCACGUUCCAGCCCCCGACCCCGCUGCCAGGCCGGGCCUGCGAGAGCUGCUUCGCCACCCAGUCCCCGCAGUGGUACUCGUGGGGCCCGCCCAGCAUGCAGUGCCGCCUGUGUGCCACCUGCUGGCUCUACUGGAAGAAGUACGGUGGCCUGAAGAUGCCCAGCCCCAGCGGCGAGGACAAGUUCUCCACCAGCCCCGCAGAGGAUCCGCGCGCCCGGGGUCACCUGUCUCGCCAGGCCACACAGGGGCUGCCAGUCCGGAACCCGGGGAGCCCGCUGUCGGCGGUGAAGACGCGGCCGGCCUUCUUCCUGCACACCACCUACUUCACCCGGCUGGCGCGGCGGGUGUGCGGCGGCUCCCUGGGGCUGCGUCGGGCAGCGCGGAGGCCCUUCUCGCCCAUCGACGCGGCGGCCGUGCGCGCCCAGUACGCAGACAGACACGGGGCGCUGCCUGGGAGCCCGCCGAGGAGCCGGAGUGUGCGGAAGCCCUUGUCCUGCAUCAUAGGAUACUUAGAGAUCCACCCUUCGCGGAAACCCGUGAUCCGCUCGGCCCCCAGCCUGAAGACUCCCCCGACCAAGCGGAUGCUCCCCGCCCCCAACCACGCGUCUCUCAGCAUCUUGGGAAAAAGGAAUUACAGUCACCACAACGGCCUGGACGGGCUUCUCUGGGGCUCGGCCAUGUGAUGAGUCUCCAGGUGGAACUGAGCCGCUGCUUCCGUGGGGACUGUGAGAUGAUGCGCAGCGCCUGGCGCCACAGGCAGCAGUGUCCCCCCUGCACCGCCGGACGCUGACCUGUGGCAUUAGAAUAAGUAAAGCUCUCCAGGCCUCCUGCCUCUCAGCCUCUCAGUUCUGAUAGUGACAGGAGCCCCAGGGCUACAGCCUGGGGCCAGAAGCCCCAGGAGCCUCUGGGCCGCAGUCUGAGCCGUACAGUGACUCAACAGUGGCUGGGCUUCUAGGCCGGAGGCCUGACAGGAGUGUGAGGCCGGUGGAGGCAGCUCACGCCGCAGCCCAGGGACCCGGAAGCCUGUCUCUCCUGCCCGGAAAAGUGUCUGUCCUGCCCUCGGAGCAAGGCCGCCACCACCACCACCAGUACUGAGGAUGCUGCAGGCGGCGACGAGCCGAGUCCACCUAUGCCAGUGAGGCUGCACCGCAGUGCCCGCCUCUGCGGAGUCCCUAACGCAUGUCACCCCUGGGCUCCUUCCCAGGGUCCGACCCUCUGCCCAGGUCUGCCGAGGAGGAGCUUGGAGCAGCCCCUGGCAUGCCCGCCCCGCCCCGUCUGCUUCUGGCCAUGCCCACCCUGCCUUUGUGUUCUGGCCCCUCUCCCACGUAGUGUUGACCCGAGAACACAGGGCCGGCCGCUACUUCCCAGAGCUGCUCAAUAAAUGUGAAGAAGCUGGAAGCAA